CUGAUUGAACCUUUAUGUCUGCCCGCAGGGAGAAGUGGCCCUUGUGCGUCAGGGCUGAAAAGCAACUUCAUUUCAGUACAGAUGACCAUGCAGCCUGCAGUUCAAAAAGCUUAUCAAGAUAACGGGAACCCUGGUGAUGAAAUGGUUAAGUGCUUGGCUGCUAACCAAAAGGUAUGGUUUGGAGAAGAUCUGCCUCUAAGUCCACGGAGUCCUCUGACUCCCAGACAUGGGCCAGGUUUGGCUGAUGUUUGUCAGUAUGAUGAGUGGAUAGCUGUGAGGCAUGAAGCCAGUCUGUUGCCUAUGCAAGAAGAUCUGUCAAUCUGGUUAUCUGGUUUAUUAGGUAUUGAAGUUAAGGCAGAAAGAUUAUUAGAAGAACUUGAUAAUGGAGUACUGCUAUGCCAACUGAUUGCUGUUCUUCAAGAUAUGGUGAAAACAUGCAACUCUGAAGAAUCAGGGGUAAGUAAAUGUUUGAGUGAGGUGAGGAAUGGCAAAAGAGAGAGUUGUUGUUAGGUGCCGUCAAGUCAGUUCCGACUCAUAGUGACCCCAUGUACAACAGAACAAAACACUGCCCAGUCUGUGAUUUUAUAAUUUGUUUGUGUACAUUACUUAUCAUUUCUACAAGGUUGUAAACUUCCUCCCCAACCAGACAUUGGAUAAUAUACUUAACCUUUCUGAGCAUCUUAAAAAUGUCUUUAUUUAUAA